UGCUACGGAAAUGACGGUGGGCCAUCGGGGAGAGGGGGUGGCAAAUAACGGGAAUCUAUUGUCUCAUUUCUCUGCAAUUCUUGGUGUUCCGGAACAGGUGUCACUCUCUUUCCGGCCUUUGGUUGCGUUAGAGGGUAUUGACUUUCGUUCCGCGUUCUUGUUUUUCUUUGUGUUGUUGCUAUUACUACCAAUAGUUGCCAACAUGAAGAGGUUGAGGACAAGCGAAAUGUGGUCAUAUUUCGAAACUCUUGAUCGAGAGUUUGCGAAAUGUACUUUGUGCGGUAAGAAAUUAUUGUACAAAUCGACGACGACGAAUUUAAAAAAACAUCUUCAGAAAUCACAUUUAAUUGUGAAUUUGUCUUCACAAAGACCUUCGGAGCUAGAUUUGGGUGAAACCCUUCCUGUAGAGGCGAUCCUUGGCACCAGUAGUGUGGAAGAGGAGCGAGCUGCUCCAGCCCCCUCAAUGCAGCAAGGUGUUCAAAGUUCUAUGACAUCGUACCUCUCCAAAAGGAUUGGAGUGAAUCAGAAAAAGAAGAUAGAUGGGCAACUUCUUCAGCUGUUCACUAAAGACUUCCAACCAUUUUCAGUCAUUGAAGAUUCGGGGUUUCGGGGUUUUGUGCGGGCCCUUAAUCCUGGUUAUGAGUUACCAAGCAGGAAGCAUAUUUCAGAUGUAAUGCUGCAAGCAGCAUAGACAGCAGCAAAGGAGAAAGUGGUAGACAAACUGUCAGCUGCGAAGACAGUUUGUUUGACCACAGAUUGCUGGACAUCGGCAGCAAAUGAAGGUUACAUGGCAGUGACGGGGCAUUUUGUGUCUGAAGAUUUCACCUUGCAAUCUGUGUUGUUAGGAUGUUCCCAAUUCUCUGGUGCACGUACUGCUUCGAAUCUGUCGGCAUCUCUAAUAGGCACGACAGAUAACUUCAGGCUGACAGACGAAGUUUUGCUGGUUGUGACGGAUAAUGCACCAAAUAUUAAAAAUGCAGUAUCCAUUUUACAGUGGAAAAACUUUGGGUGCUAUGCACACACACUAAAUCUUAUUGUGCAGAAUGCACUAAAACAUUUUGUGUCAGUUCAGCAGAAAGUCAAAACUAUUGUAGCAUUCUUCAAGAGAAACUGCAAGGCAACAGAAAGACUGCUGACAUACCAACAAAAUAAUGGGGCAGGUCAUGUUAAAAAACUGGUGCAGGAGGUGCCAACAAGGUGGAACUCUACUCUGUGUAUGUUAGAGCGAAUAGUUGAAAUUAAAGAUGCAGUGAAGACUUCACUUGUACUAUUCACAGUUGAUUUUGAACAACUGACAGACGAGGAAUGGAACAUCUGCUCAGAACUCUGCUCUGCGUUGAAGCCAUUUGCACAGGUUUCAACACAGCUUAGUGCUGAGUCAUAUCCUACUGGCAGCCAAGUUAUUGUUCUGACAAGGGGAUUAUUAUCAGUGUGCGCAGAACUUUUGAAAAAGCCAUUUAACAGUGUGACAAGGACUGUCAUUGAAGAAUUAACAAAAGGCCUGAAGGACCGUUUCCACAAUGUAGAGAGAGCAAGUCUAUAG